UGCGCGCGGUUCAACGUGCGAGGGACGCGGGUGGGCGAGGACGGGUGGGGAAAGCGACUGACCACCUCCCAUCCGGCAAUACUGGAGUCCCCAUCUCACCCGGCAUGUGCGCCACCACGCCCACCGCAACCCCCACCCCACGCCAUCGCCUCCGCCAAUACCGCGUCCGCCGCGCAGCUUCCACGUCCUCCUCUUCCGACAGCGACGAUGCCAACGAUGCAGUCAAGCCCCCUUCCACGCGUACGACCGGGAGACAAGUGGGACGACAGCAUGCGGAGGUGGUGGUUGAGGAGGUGGAUGGUGGCGAGGUGGCGAGUGCGGAGGUGAAGGAUGAUACCGAUAUGCACGGACCCGAUACCGAUUUUCCAGCAGGGGGUGCGGGGAUACGGGCCUUAUCGAUCGCGGAGCCUGUGGGACGGGUUGGGGAAGCGAACGAGAGCACCCGUGCGCCACCGACGGGAGGGGAUGCGAUACGUGCGGCCGCAAAGCAUGCGACGGAAGACGCUGAGACGGUCCCCAACGCCCUCACCCCGCUCCACAUCCUCGCCACGCCGUCCCGCGGCCGCGGGAUCUACUCCCCGGGCCCCAUCUGCUCCGGUCGACAGCUGUACAACGAGGGUCCGUACGCCGCUGCGCUAUCCACCGCGCACCUCGGCACGCAUUGCAGCGGAUGUUUCGGAUCGCUUCGGAAGGUGCUGAGGUGCACGGGGUGUGGGGUUGUGUGUUACUGUGGGGUGGGGUGUCAGAGGGGGGAUUGGGGGGUGCAUAGGUGGGAGUGUGCGGCGUGGAGGGCCGUGAAGGGGAGGGUGCCGACGACGGCGGUGAGGGUGCUUUGUAGGCUGCUUUGGAAGAGGGCAAGGGAUAGAGCUGGGGGGGUUUGAUAUGGUAGUAUGAGAAGAUUGAUGCGUUGGUUUCAAACAGAGAGCACUACACACAAGACAAGAUCGAGACGUUUGCGCAGAUGGCGAUGUUGAUCCGGUCGAUUGUGGGCGAGGAGGUGUGUUUGGAUGCGGGGGGGAUGG